UUUAGUUUUUGAUAUUUAUAAAUUUGAUUUCAUCAGGUUUUAAGAUUUUUUUGUAGUUAAAUAGUAUUUAUUUAUAGCAAUAAACAAUAAUGAGUCUCUUUUUCAAGCAAAUAUUCAGGUUUAGCAUGGCAUUACCUGAAACUAAAAUAUAUUACCCUGUAGUCAAUAUUCACACAUAAGAUUUGCAGUAUUACGAUUCAUGGAUAGGUUAGUAAGCACAAACGAAGGUCAGAUUAUUAAAACAAAGUGAAACAGAAAUAACCCCAUAAAACAUGAAAGACUUUUUUGUAGAUUAAAUAAAAACAGAUAUGUAUUCAAUGUAUAAGCCAAAAGAAAUUAUUUUUAUAGGAAGAUCUAACGUAGGAAAAUCCUCAUUAAUUAACAGUAUUUUUAAGAGAAAAGUUGCCAAAACUUCUAAAAAGCAAGGAAGCACAAAAAAAUUAUAUUAUUAUGAAUUGGUUGAUAAUUUGGGUUAUAUAAUUGAUCCUCCUGGUUAUGGAUUUGCAAAUGUUAAUGUUAAUGCCAAGAAAAAAUGGCAAGGAAUGAUUUAUGAUUAUAUACAGAUUUCUUCGAGAUUGGCGAGAAUUUAUCUUUUAAUUAAUGCAGAGCACGGAUUAAAGAAAAAUGAUAUGUCUUUGCUUUCUUAAAUUUAAAAAUAGAAUGUAAAUAUUUAAAUUGUUUUGACAAAAGCUGAUAAAGUCCCUGAGAGGGCUUUAUACGAUACUAUGCUUUCAAUCGGUAUGUAAGUUAAAGGAUUCAAUAAUAUUCAUCCACUUCUUCAUGCUUGUUCAGCAAGGAAUGGGUUUGGUAUUCCAGAGUUAAGACAUUCAAUAUUUGAUUCGUUAGCUCACUUUGAACCAAGAAAUAUUGACGAUAAAGAAGAAGUUCUUCUUAAAUUCCUUGAAUCCUACAGAGUAAGACCAAAAGAAUUCAACGAAUUUUAUGGAAAAGAUGCUUUAAAGCCUGCAAAAGAGUAAAAACAAAUAGACUAAAAACCAAAAGAGCUCCCUGGAGCAAAAUCAAAAGGAGAGAAAUCAGGAUAAACAAAAAGAAUAAAAUUUAAAAGUACAGCAAAACCUAAAGAAAUAAAAUGAUAAAAAUAAUUGCAUGUUAUAAUUAUUAUUGUAAAUCUACUUUAUAAAACUGUAGAAUAAUAAAUAAAUAAAAAUUAUUUUGCUAGUAUUUAGAAUCAAUUAAUCAACUUCAUUAACAAUAUAAAUUUUUACAAAGUUUAAACUCAAAAUAGUAGCCUAAAACUAUUGAUAAUAAAUAUUAAAAAAAGCAAGGAAGAGAGGGACGGAGGCAUCAAAAUAAAUGCCUAUAAUUUGUUUGGAGUUUUACAUUUUUACAUAACUCC